AAUUUAGCUCAAUUGCUGUGCCUAAACAAGUCACCUUCAAGUAGAGGUUUUUGUUUACUAUUUUGUCAUUUAUUCAUUUAAUUGUUUGGUCAUUUUUUUCGUUUUUGGACAAAAUUAGUUAACCAUGGCGACUUACGAGGAGAAGAUUGAAUACGUGAAAAGUAUGGAUCUUACUAAGCCCAAUGGAAGAAUAGGUCGACCUGCUCCCCCUGAUCCAAGGUUUCCAAAUGUAAAUCAAUCACUCAAUUGCUAUCAAAACUAUGUAGAUUACCACCGGUGUUUGAAAAAGAAACCUGGAUGGGAAGCUUGCGAAUGGUACAAAGACAAUUAUGAAACACUUUGUCCAAUUCAAUGGCACAAGAAAUGGGACUGGCAAAGAAAACGUGGAAUCUUCCCCGGAGAUAUUUAAAUUAUUAUCCGUUUCAAGUUGGGUUAAUAUUUACAUUCUCUUCAAAUUUACCAUAGAAUUGAUUUUAAUCAAAAAUUUGAUUUCAUGAUAGCAAGUUGUGGCAGAAAUAAGUUUCUCUCAAUAAAUUUUGAGUUAAUCGAAAAUUAAUUAACUACAAACUUA